AUGUCGUUUUUUCUCGGCAACACCGCUCAAUACUCGAAUGUCGAGGUGAACCCGGAGAAGGUGAAGUUGGCCGAGGUCCAGUUCACCGUCAUGUCGUCCACUUUUAACAAGAUGCUCUCCACGUGCCAGGAAAAGUGCAUUGGCCACGAGUACGGCGAAGGAGACGUCAAUACAGGCGAGGCGUCGUGCACGGACAGGUGUGUUUCCAAGUACGUCAAGGCCAAUGCCAUGAUAGCACAGGAGGUGCAGAGCAAACUCCUCCCCAAUGAGAUGCCGGAGUACAAGAAGAUACAGUCGAUGAUGGCAGACAAGCAGAUAUAG